CUCGUCCAACAGGCCCUGGAUGACAAGGACCCCUUUGAACAAGCUCAACUUUAUUGUUCCCAACUGUGUGGACACGUGCAUGCGAAGCCGCGGGGAGGUUCCUGCUGGGGCUCUGUCACCGGUGUCUGUUGGCACCGGGUACAGCUAUGAAGAAACAGGAAAGGUUCCUGCUUCUGUGGGGCUUACAGUUCUACUGAAAGUGGGUAAUUCCGGAACUGAUUGGCCACACCGUUGUUACCGUGUUAAUGCUCGUAUCAUUGCACUGGUUUAUAUUCCUUCUCAACUUGCCUGUUGCUACUUGGAAUGUAUAUCGGUUCAUUAUGGUGCCAAGUGGUAACAUGGGAGUGUUUGAUCCAACAGAAAUACACAAUCGAGGGCAGCUGAAGUCACACAUGAAAGAAGCCAUGAUCAAGCUUGGUUUCCACUUGCUCUGUUUUUUCAUGUAUCUCUAUAGUAUGAUUUUAGCUUUGAUAAAUGACUGAAGCUGGAGAAGCGGGGUUUGAAGUCACACGACAGCGCGCAGCUGAGGACCCAGAGACUACUUCCAUCAUCCUUAGAACCAUAACCAUAGCAGUAUAUUUUUUCCUCUUUGAACACAAAAAAAGUAUUUUUGCUGUAUUUUUACCAUAUAAAGUAUUUAAAAAACAUGAAUUGAGUUUUUGUAGAUUUCUGGUUCUCCACUUUAGCCUGAACCCCAACAUGUGAAGGUCUCUCCUUGUCUGUAUGCUGAAGAUAGUCAUUUGUGUGUAGAAGGGCUGCCACUCUAGCCCUGCAAGCCAAAGCAGCAAACGUCACACUAUAAAUAAGGGAAAACUAUAGUCGAUGAGCAGAGCGCUCCUCAAGUCGAGUCCAAAACAACACUGGGCACCUGGACAAAGGGAGAAAGAAAGUAACCUUUUGUCCGUAUUAUGGCAACUUCACGUAUUUCACAUAGAGAGUUAUGGGACUCUCGGCUACAAGUCUUCA